AUGAACCGACGAGCUGGUGCCGUCGACCGGCACGCGCUGCUCUCCUCGGGCGCUUACCCAUCGUCCUCGCGCGCUGCUGGCCUCGGGGCAUACCGCACCGCCUCGCCAUUCGAACAGCCCUACGGCGCUCCGCCGCAGCCGACGUCGUCGCACCAGCAUCCCUUCCAGGCGCCGGCGGGCUCGACGCCCAACUACGAAACCAGCGAUCCCUACGCAGAGUACGGCAACCACGUCGGAGCGCCCAAAAAGGAGCCGCCAAACACGACCGGAGCCAAUGGCGGCCUGCUCGGACGCAUGGCCGCCUACGCAUCCCAGAGGACCGCCGAGGACCUCGAGGAGCAAAACGACCAGAGGCUCGAGGGCCUCAGCGCCAGGGUCAAGAUGUUGAAGGACAUCACGACGGGCAUCGGCAACGAAGUGCGCGAGGGCACAAAGGACAUGGGAGCAUUGGGCGAGGCCUUUUCAAACACGUCGGCCUUCCUCGGCGGCACCAUGUCCAGGAUGAACCGCAUGGCGCAACGGCAAAGCGGCUGGUUCUGCAACAUGAUGCUCUUCCUCUUGUUCUGCACCUGGAUCUUUGUCUUCUUGUGGUGGUGGCGUCGAUGA